GCUGCUGCUGCUGCUGCAUUGACAGUUAGCCCGAAUUGGCAGGUUGAACUAUACUAUGGUCAGUCUUUGCCAGAAGUAGACCAUAGGGUCAUCCCAGAAGAUGUAGAGAUCCCUAGAGAUCAUACUUCUCUUGGAGUCUCUAGAUCCUCCAGCGGAAAUUUAUGGUGAGCUCCUUGUCAAUUCUAUGGUCAGGUUCCAUAGAAUCAUAGAAUAGUAGAGUUGGAAGAGACCUCAUGGGCCAUCUAGACCAACCCCCCGCUAAGAAGCACCCUACUUUCCUCUUUUCCACACUCAUUUGAGGAUAGUCAACCUGCUAUAACCAUGGGUUCUGCAUCUAAGAGGCUUAGCCAAUAAAAUAUGGCUUAAAAUAUUUAAGGAAAAGGAAAUCUUGAUUUGGUGGAUGCUAACAGAUCCUCAUUCUCUCUCCAGCACUUGUUUGAAUUGUUUGCCAUUUUGUAUAUGGGAUGCCAUUUUCCUACGCUACUAUCAGCCGUGGAACCUCAGCAUCUAAGUAGCCUGGGGGAAAAAACUUUGGUGAAUACUAAAGGCCCACAAAACUAAAAAUAUUUGACAUAAACUUUUCUUUAUUUACUAUGUAACCUGAAGAAUGUGCUCAUAGAAGAAACAAAAAACCCACAACAGUUAAUCAUAUAUAUCUUUAACAGCAAAAGUGCAUGAAGAAAUUGAUCGAGUGAUUGGCCAUGAUCGUGUCCCAAACACUGAAGACCGGAGGCAGAUGCCCUAUACAGAUGCCGUUAUCCACGAAGUGCAGAGAUGCAGUGAUGUUCUUCCUAUGAGUGUGGCCCAUAUGGUUACUUGUGACACUGAGUUCCGAGGAUAUCUAAUCCCUAAGGGGAUGACAGUCUACCCAAUACUCAGCACUGUCUUGCAUGACCCCACAAUGUUUAAAAGCCCCAAUGUUUUCAACCCAGAAAACUUCUUGGAUGAGAAUGGACGCUUCAAGAAGAAUGAUGCCUUUGUGCCUUUCUCCUCAGGGAAACGGAACUGCUUGGGCGAAUCCUUGGCCCGCAUGGAGCUUUUCCUCUUCUUCACCACCAUCCUGCAGAGUUUCCAACUGAAGUCCCUUGUGCCUCCUGAAGAUAUUGACCUCACUCCUCAGAAAAGCGGUUUUACCAACAUCCCGCCCUUUUGCCAUCUCUCCGUCAUCCCACGCUGACCCCAAGGUCCCUUUCUCCCUCAGAAGCUGCAUUGACAGACACCAUAAGAAGAAUCAUAGAAUCGUAGAGUUGGAAGAGACCUCAUGGGCCAUCCAGUCCAACCCACUGCAAGAAGCAGGAAAAAGUAGAAAGAAGGGGAUUUUCUCUGUUUCCUGGCUCUCAUAUAAAGGACUGAUUUUUUUUUGAAGAUAUAUGGCUUCUGAAUUUCACCCCCUUGUUAGGACUUGUUGUCUUGAGGCAUUCCCAGUGCGGUAACAAGGAUGCUUUUGACCCAUUCUAGCACUUGAAUCCCACCCAAGGGAGAAAGGUAAAGGUCAAGGUUUCCCCUGACGUUAAGUCCAGUCGUGUCCAACUCUGGGAGUAGGUGCUCAUCUCCAUUUCUAAGCCGAAGAGCCGGCGUUGUCCGUAGACACCUCCAAGGUGGCCAGCUUGACUGCAUGAUAGAAAUAAUCAAACGAUUAUGCACUCAUAACUGUUCUCACAAAUUCCAAAUUAGAUAAUUUCAAGGCAACUUCAAUACUUUAUAAGCAAUGGAUAUAGAGACAUAAUUAAAAUUUAAGAGGCAUCCCCUUCUUCUGAUUCUUCAGGAAAUAGGAGUAAUAAUAAUAAUAAUAAUAAUAAUAAUAAUAAUAAUAAUAAUAAUAAUAAUAAAGUCACAAUAUGGCCCAUAUAUCUAACAGAGUUUAUCCUGAACUGGAUCCUUUCUUUGUUAAACUUGAUGCUUUUGACACGUGCUGUUUCCAUUAUCUGAUGUAAAAUCUAUUGCGCCAAAUUGCUAUGUGUGUGUGUGUAAAGAAAUCCUUGCAAAGUUGCUUGCAAAAGAUCUCUGUAAAAAGGGAGCUGAGUUUUUGUAGAGGCAAGCCACGCCUCAAACAAUGUAUCAGUUUGCUGGCAGAUGGCUGGGUUUGUCAGUUGGUAAUCUGAGCUUGCGGGGAGAGUACAGAAAUGGAGAAGUUCUCUAGCUACGGUCAAGUAGCAGUUUGAAUAUUCUAUGCUGUAAAUAGAAUGCUGAUGUUAUUGAUCUUAUGCAACUACACGGACAUUGUACGAUUGCAGAACUGUGAUGACUCAUGGGCCUUGUAGUCCUGUUCCUAGUACUAUUGUGACAGACGAAGAGGAAAACAUGGGAUUUUUGCCGGUUCAGCCAGAGCCGGAAUCUCCUCACCUGCAGGAUGUUGAUGUUUGUCCUCAAGAAUUCAGCCAAACAGGCCUUGGGCAGAACUCCCCCCCGUUUCCCAGAAAAGAAUCUUAUUCCCGGGAAAGGGGAAACAGAGAGGUUCAGCGGAGGAGUUUACGCAUUGCUGCCAGAAAUCAAGCUGAUUAGGCUUGCUUCCCUUGGGAAAUUCUAAGGAGUCACACAUCUGGAUAGAGUUGGGUUUCGCUUCUUGUUCUCUAGGGAAAGAGUUCUGUUGGCGGGAAAACGAGACCCAAUAUCGGUGCUUAGCGCCAGGGAUACUUUGCGGAGUCAAUUGUUCAGCUUGAGGAGAGAGAUCGUGUGUGGACUUCGUAAUCCCAGUUCCUUGUUUCCAGGAUCAAGUUUCCAGCCUUGUCUUGUCUCACGGACUUCCUUGGACUCUGUUCAUGUUUCAUGUUUGUCUCGUCUUCUAGUCACGGUUCCAGCCAAGAAUCAAGUUUAUUUUCCAGCCUUGUUGUCUAGCUACAUUGGACUUUAAGGACUCUGUUAUUUCCCCACACUAUUGCUUGGCAAGUGUGUGUUUCGGUCAAGUGGAUUAAAACUUUGGACUCUAAUAUCUUAUAUUGGACAAUACAUUUCUGGACUAUAAUUGACCUCAUCUGAAAGGUCUACUUCUGAACUAUAUUCUUCACUUGUUUUUAUUGUUUUUAUAUAUUUCCUUAAUAAAGAUAUUAGAUAGAGA